UCUGCAUUCUAUCGCAGGAAGUAAUAUGUUGCUCACAUAUUUAAUUUUUCUUAUAAUAUCUGCAUUUUGCUCGGCUAAACAAAAAGUUUUGUUGUUAGCCAUUUCUAAUAUUCAUCUCGAUUAUGUGCAUAAAUUCAAUCUUACAACUUUCGAUUUCUUGGCAGAGAAUGGAGUACACGCUACAUGGGGUAUGAAGCCAUCCUUCUUUACAAAAUCUAUGCCCAACUUAUAUACAAUUGCUACAGGUCUUUAUCCAGAAAAUCACGGAAUUAUUUCGGAUUCCAUGUGGGAUCCAGAAUUCAACAAAACUUUCUCGUAUACUUCAAGGAAAGAUCCAAAAUGGUGGGAGGAAGGAGAACCCAUUUGGGUUACUGCCAAAAAACAAGGAAAGAAAGUUAACGUGUAUAAUUGGCCCGGAUCUAAUAUUAAAAUUCAUGGAAUUUAUCCCGAUAGUUUCUUAUCGCAAAGCUGGACUACCCCUUUUAAAGACGAGAUCGAUACAAUAGUGGAGUGGUUAGGAGACGAGGAAGCUGAUCUCGUAUUGAUGCACAUGAACAGCUUAUAUCGAUACCCUUACUUAGCGAUUGCAGAAAGGAAGGCCAAGCUAAUUGACGAAGCUUUAUCGUAUCUAUUUUACCGUUUAACCACGGAUUUCCUUUUAAACGAAGUUAACAUUAUUAUAGUAAGUGAUAAAGGAUCUGUAAAUGUAUCGACCAGUUCCAAUCAUGUAAUCAAACUUUCAGAUUACGUGAAUGUAAGGGAUGUUAUUUAUACAGGAAGAACCGAAGGAGGAUCAGCAGGUUUGUGGCCAAAACGAAAUCAAACGGAAAAAAUUUAUCGCGAAUUAUUGAAAGCUUAUCCAAAAUUAAUAACAUACAAGAAAGAACACAUUCCGGAAGAGUUUCAUAUAAAGAAACAUAAAAGAUGUCCGCCAUUACUCGUUGUAGCCGAUGAAAGAUAUUAUAUAAAAUCGUUUUACCAAUAUUAUAGUCCCGCCACACAGUUUAUUAUUUCCGACGGAUAUAAUCCACGUUUAAUGGAUCUUCGCGCGAUAUUUUAUGCCGUUGGACCAUACUUCAAGCAGAAUUAUGUCAUAAAUAAUUUAGAUUCUGUUAAUAUCUAUUCAAUUAUCUGUCAUAUUUUAGAUAUUAAACCAUCCGCACAUAACGGAAGUUGGAAAGAUGUGUCGCAUAUGUUAACAAGUCCCAAUAAAAUUGAAUAUGCAAGUGGAGUAGCAUCCAUAAAAUUUUCUGUAAUAAUUAUAUCCGUAAAUGUCAUUUGUUUAACUCUAAAUUUGUUUUAAAUCAUAGAAAAUUAAACGAAUGUAUCUUUAAUGUAGAACUUAUAAAUUUUAAUUUUAUAUUUGUAUGCAUUGAUACACUUUAGAUGUCGCUAAAUUUGUACUUUGGAGUUUUAGAUGUGACUAGUUUCCAAUUAAAGUUUU